GUAGUAUAAAGCGCUUCCACCAGCGGUCGGACAGCCGCCUUACCCGGCAUUUGUCGCGACGGUAUUCGGCUGUGGACCAGGAGAUCGUCCGCGGUAUUUCCCUUGCGAGGACACUGCGAGGCUGCGGGUCCAUCUGGAGAUACAACCCAUCGCGGCUCUCCCCAGAGGAUCGCAUGGCGAUCUACAACCAGUCCAUCGAGGCGGACCACUUCGAUGUCUUUUACUCCCACACCUGGUUUACUGCGGGCAGGUGGAAGGUGCUGACGCUCAUGUUGCAGUUUGGGUGGCAGACCGUCCUGUUGAUCUGGGGCCUAGCUGUAGCCUUGGCCACUAUUCUGCGGCAGACGGACGUGCUUCCGGCACCUCUGUCUUUCCAGCCUGAUAUCGUCGACUUCAGCGAUGAGUGCCCGCUUGGGCCCUGGUGUCUCCUUUGCUCAUUCGUGGCUUCCUUGAUGGGCCUUGUCAUUGCUCCAUAUGGAGCUGGCCUCUACAAAGAUGAGCUUUGCUUCCUAGACGUGGCGAGUAUCCAUCAAACAGACACGGAUUUGAUGGAAAGGGGAGUGUACGGCAUCGGCGGCUUCUUGAGAAUCUCCCACGAGUUGCGGAUUUUGUGGAGCCCUCCGUACUUAUCGAGGCUUUGGUGUGUCUUCGAAUUGGCAGCCUAUCGCAAAGUGAAUCCCGAUGGCAAGAUCACCUUCGCACCGCUUUUUGUCGAGCGAACGAUUCUUUUGUCGGUGCUUUGCGUUUACCUGGCGAACUUCUGCAUACUGGCAGCCAGCACCAGCAGCGACUCCCAGUUCCUGGCACGUUUUGGACGCUGGGACGAACUCUACCCGUUGUAG